AAGUAAUAAGGCUUUUCAAUUGCACUAUUCAAAUGAAUAGUAACUUGGAGUGGAUUUUAAGUUAUUUACAAAAUUACCAUCAUCUCUUCAUCGCAAAUUGAAAAUUUCGAUUUUUUCACAAAUUACCACCGCUUUUGCACAGUUUAACAGCGCCCACGCGUCAGUCAUCGUGGAAUGCUCUGCUUCGACUACAUUUCCGUCCGUUUCCAUCCCCAUUUCUUUCCCUCUUUUUCUCUCCCGACUCUCUCUCACUGCCCUAUUCUCUCACUCCCGCUCACCAUCUCACUCCAAGCAAUAGAUACAUGAACUCGAUGAGAAGCCACCAUCUCUUAUCUACAAAGCGAAGAAGAACUCAGCAGAUUGCACUCAAAUUAGUGUUUUGGAGUGCAUAUGGACCAGACACCACAAAAGAGAAAACGGAAACCAAAAUCAGAGCCAUCAAAACAAACAAAUGCUGGUAUGUCCUAAAAAAGCUGAAGCCAAGUCUGGAUAGAGAGAAAGAUCUCAUGGUAGGAAUCAUGGACUUGAUGAAGGUGAGGUUAACAAAGUGUGCUUUAGCACCAAGAUUGGAAUCUGGGUGUUCUGAGUUUUGUUUUGUUGUGAUUUUUCUAUAAUCUAGAUGCUGAAAUACUUGGAGUUGGAAUUAAUAAGAAUUGAUUGAACAUGGAUUUUUUAUUAGAUUGGUAUGGCUGACAUAGUUAAGAAGUAGUUUAAGAUGCAGUGAUUAGGGCAUUUCUUUAACUGAACAUAUUUGUUUUCAUGAGGUAGAUAGAAUCCUCUGUAAUUUAAUUAAUUAGAUUGAAA